AUGGAAUUUCAUGAUGACCUUAAAGAAGAAAUAGUGAACUUUAAACCUAUCCAAGGUUCGAAUGUAAGCGAGGCUCGAAUCUUGAUGAUAGGACCGGUUGGUGCUGGAAAGUCUAGCUUCUUCAAUACUAUAGAUUCAAUUUACCGCGGCCGAAUCACUCAGCGAGCUAGCAGCGGAAGUUCAGAGCACAGUCUCACCACUGCAUUUGUUCCGUAUUCUAUCGAAAUUAGUUCUGGGGCGACCUUGAACUUCCGGUUGUGUGAUACACGUGGUCUAGAAGAAUCUAUGGGUAUUGAUGUACUGGAGGGUAACUAUUUACUUGAUGGAAACAUACCGUACUACUACGAGGUAUCAUUCAAUUUGUUUUUGAAAAUUUAUUAA